AUGAAACUGGCAUGCUGCUCGGAAGCGGAGCCUGCGAAGCCAGAGAGGAUACCGGCCGAACCUGUCCAGCGAAGUGCUUUCGCUCCGGUGUUGGAUGUGAAAAUGACGGAAGAGUCGGCGAACAAGCAGGGGCCAAGCUUCUCACAGAUCAGGUUGUCGCUGUCGGGCUUGCAUCUGCAGCAGGAGCAGGCCUUAGCCAUGACAGCGGCCCUGAUCGAAGAAGUCGACUUGCUGCAGUUUGGGAGUUCCUUCCAGAAGCAGCUGCCGGACCCCCCUGUCCAGCACAAAGAGGUGGCUGCGGUUGUUGCCCGCAUGCCGUUGGAGGAGAAGGCUCCUGUUCCUUUGGCUACCGCGCCGACGCCGAAGAAGCGCUACAAGCCGCUCUUGCACGUAGAACCGCCUCAACCAGGCAAGUCCCGCAGUCGACUUGACUGGGAUGGGGGAUUCCGAGUGUACUUUCCGGCGCUGUGUUUGCGCAUCGUGAGCAGUCGAUGGUUUGACUACCUUAUCGGAUUCGUGAUCUUGGUCAACUCACUGUUAGUCGGCUUCGAAGUUCAGAUGAGCUUAGAUGGCCUAGACGUGACCUGGAUGCAGCCUCUGGACACCGGAUUCAUUGGGCUGUACUUUCUGGAGCUCUGCAUGCGACUCGUGGGAAUGGGUUGGCGGCAGUGCUUCUGCGAUGGAUGGUUUCUUUUAGAUUUCACCCUGGUGGUCUUGGGCAUCGUGACGGUCUUUGUGCUUCUGUUCGGUUCCAGCGGGGAUCUUGGCAUCCUCGAGUCGGUUCUGGUGGUUCGCGCCAUGCGGCUCCUGCGCCUCAUCCGGGCGCUGCGGAUGCUGAAGUACUUCCGAACCGUCUGGAGACUGGUCUACGGGUUGCUGACGUCGCACAAUGCCAUGUUCUCGACCCUUUCGCUGAUCCUGCUGACGCUCUAUGUGUUCGCCUGCUUGGGGGUGGAGUUGAUCACCAAGGAUGAGAACCUCUUGGGCAUGGAUGUGACUUCCGCUAUCAUCCAGGAUCACUUCGUCUCAGUUUUCGUGUCAAUGCUGACCUUGGUGCAGUUCGUUACCGUCGACUCAGUUGCGAUAGUUUACGUGCCGCUGAUCAAGGAGAAGCCGAUCUUAGCGGUCUACUUCUUCGCCAUCAUCUUGAUUGUCUCGAUUGCCCUCAUGAACUUGGUCACCGCAGUUUUGGUGGAGGGGGCUCUCGAGAAUGCUGCCCACGACCGAGAAGCAGAAAAAGUCAACUUGCAAGAGAAGUUGAAGGAAGCCGUCCCAAAGUUGAGAGAGGUCUUUGCCGCCAUGGACGCGAACGGAGACGGCAACGUGACCAUGGAGGAGAUAGAGGCUGUUCCCAUGGACGUCAUACCCAAAGAGUUCUUCGAGAAGAACAAUGUCAGCAGCAUGCAGGAGAUCUUCGAAGUGUUGGAUGUUGACGGCGGGGGAGAGCUCUCGCAAGAGGAGUUCGUCGAUGGCCUCCUUGACAUCUUCUUCCGUGAUGUGCCGCUCGAGACCGUCCAGACGCUGAAGAUGCUCCGCAUGAUGGAGUGCAGGCUGCAAGUCCUCAAAGACACCGUCGACGUUGUGCAGCAGAAGGUUUUGGUGCUCCGUGCCUGCUUCGGGGAGAUCGUCGAGCCCGAAUAA